AUGUGUAAAGUGAAAUUAAAGUGGAGAUUUGGAAAAGUUAAGUUGAAAUUUGCGGAAAAUCAAAUUCUUAUUUGGCGUCAAAGAUUCCUGUCAACAUUCGGAUUUAUCGAUUUACAUAUCCCAAAUUCAGCAACCAGAUUAACCAGUAAAUAUACUAUACCUUCUCAUUCGUCAAAAUCACUGGAAAAUUUCCAGCGCAUGGAAUCAACCCCACUUUAUUCAGACACGGAAAAGUUUGCGUGUGUAAUUUGA